AUGAUUGUUCUCGCGCGUUCUUUAGUUUGCAGCUCAAGGGUUCCUCUCAGGGGCUUUCGCGUUGGAGCGAUGCAUGUUCUAACUGUUCCUGCUUUGUCCGAUAAUUAUAUGUACUUACUUGUCGACGAGAAGACAAAGGUAGACAGUCAAUGCGCGGCGGUCGAUCCGGUGGAAGCCCCCAAAAUCUUAGCCGAAGUGAAGAAACGAGGCUUGACUUUGUCCUGUAUUCUCACCACGCAUCACCAUUGGGAUCAUGCUGGAGGCAAUUCGGAGCUUUUGAAAUCUUUACCUUCUCCCAUACCUGUUUACGGUGGUGGUAAAAAUGUGGAAGCCGUCAGCAAGCAGGUUGCGCACGGCGACCAGAUUACCUUGGGCAGUGACAUCCUAGUGACGUGCUUGCACACGCCCUGUCAUACCAAAGAUCACAUCUGUUACUAUGCUAUUGAAGCUGAUCAAGAUGAUGGUUGCGUUUUCACAGGUGAUACAUUGUUUCUAGGUGGUUGCGGGAGGUUUUUUGAGGGUAAUGCUCAACAGAUGUAUCACGCUCUUGUGGAAGUUCUGGGCAAACUUCCGGGCUCAACCAAGGUUUACUGUGGUCAUGAGUACACCUUGAAAAACUUCGACUUCGCUAAAACUGUGGACCCUGGUAAUGCGGCUCUGCUGGAGCGCAUACAGGCUUGCGCGAAGCUGCGUGCUGACCGACAACCAACAGUGCCAGGUACAAUAGCAGAGGAGCUUGCAACUAAUCCCUUCAUGCGAGUUACCGACCCGAACCUGCAGAAAAACGUUAAAGCGAAGGACGCCAUUGAAGCGAUGGCUAUUGUUCGUCGCAGUAAAGAUGCUUUCUAG